AUGGAGCCGACGGCGUCACGCGGCUGCCUGGGGAAGGGAGGGCGUGUGACGGAGUGGGCGGGACAGCUGGAGGGCAGGGGCGUGCGCACGCGGGUGACCACCGCCGGCAAAUCCUACAAGGCGACCUUCGCCGUUGUCACCCUGCCCCUGGGCGUCCUCAAGGCCGGCGCCGUGAAGUUCACGCCCCCGCUGCCGGCCGACAAGACCGGCGCCAUCAACCGCCUGGCGAUGGGCACCCUCAACAAGGUCAUCCUCUCGCUGCCAGCUGCCGCGAAGCUGCCGAGCGUCAACUGGAUCUCGCGCAUCCCGCUGGCGUCGGACAAGGGGCGUUGGCGCGAGUUCUUUUCGCUGAAGAAGGCCACGGGGCGGCCCGUGGUGGUGGCCUUUGUCGCGGGCAAGGCCGCCCUCUUCCCCGCGUCCGACACUGACAAGUCCCUCGGCGAGCAGGCGCUCGCCGCCCUCCGCGGCAUCCUCGGCGGCCCCGCCAACGUCCCCGCCCCCGACCAGGUCAUCGUGACCCGCUGGCACGCCGACCCCUUCUCCCUCGGCUCCUACUCCUAUUCCCCGGCCGGUGCGGACGGUACCGAGCGGGAGCAGCUGGCUGCGCAGGUCAGCAACAGGCUGUACUUCGCAGGCGAGGCAACCAGCGAGGAGGCGCCCUCGACGGUGCACGGCGCGUACCUGACGGGCGAGGCGGCCGCCGGCGCCGCGCUCGCCGACCACGGAAGCAGGUAG